AGCGCCGCUCCUCUCCAUCUCCUCACUCCUAUGAGACCGUUCUCGGCUUUGACGUCAUCUUGUGCUCCCUCUGGUUGCUACGGCAACCCGUCUCCCGCACCCCCCCCCCACUUUCUCCAUCCGUACGCUGGUAGGAUCCGUAAUGGUACAGGCAGCAUCCUGCAGCACAAUGUGGUCUUUAAAUCCGUCGCGUACCGGGAUGUUUUGAACAGGACUGGACUGUCACCGGACCGGGAUCGUCGGACGGGCAGCUGGCACGGAAUGGUAUUUAUGAACAGACGUUUCUUAUAUAACUGCAGUGCUCCAGUCCUGGAUGUGAAGAUUGCCUUUUGUCAGGGGUUUGGCAAACAAGUUGAUGUUUCUUACAUUGCCCAGCAUUACAACAUGAGCAAAAGCAAAGUGGACAACCAGUUCUACAGUGUGGAAGUAGGAGAUUCCACCUUCACGGUUCUCAAACGGUACCAAAAUCUAAAGCCCAUCGGUUCUGGGGCUCAGGGAAUAGUGUGUGCUGGGUAUGACGCCGUCCUGGACAGAAAUGUGGCCAUUAAGAAACUCAGCAGACCUUUUCAGAACCAGACUCACGCCAAGAGAGCAUACAGGGAGCUGGUGCUUAUGAAAUGUGUCAAUCACAAAAACAUCAUCAGCUUAUUAAAUGUCUUCACACCACAGAAGUCUUUAGAGGAAUUUCAAGAUGUUUACCUGGUCAUGGAGCUGAUGGACGCAAACCUUUGCCAGGUGAUUCAGAUGGAACUGGACCACGAGAGGAUGUCCUACCUGCUGUACCAGAUGUUAUGUGGAAUCAAACACCUGCACUCAGCCGGCAUCAUCCACAGGGAUCUGAAACCUAGCAAUAUUGUGGUGAAAUCCGACUGUACGCUGAAGAUCUUGGACUUUGGGUUGGCGAGAACUGCUGGCACUAGCUUUAUGAUGACGCCCUACGUGGUGACGCGGUACUACAGGGCCCCGGAGGUCAUCCUGGGCAUGGGCUACAAGGAGAACGUGGACAUGUGGUCUGUAGGCUGUAUCUUUGGGGAAGUUAUAAGAGGAACAGUGCUGUUUCCAGGGACAGAUCACAUCGACCAAUGGAAUAAGGUUAUAGAGCAGCUUGGCACACCCUCUCCUGAGUUCAUGAAGAAACUGCAGCCGACGGUGCGUAACUAUGUGGAGAACAGGCCAAAAUACGCCGGCCUGACCUUCCCCAAACUCUUCCCUGAUUGCCUCUUCCCUGCAGACUCGGAGCACAACAAACUCAAAGCUAGUCAGGCCAGAGACCUGCUGUCUAAGAUGUUGAUCAUUGAUCCCGCUAAGCGGAUAUCAGUGGACGAGGCCCUGCAGCACCCCUACAUCAACGUGUGGUACGACCCGGCCGAGGUGGAGGCAGCCAGGAAUCAGCAGAUAUCUAUGCCUCCUCCACAGAUCUAUGAUAAACAGCUAGAUGAGAGGGAACACUCGAUUGAUGAAUGGAAAGAGCUCAUCUAUAAAGAGGUGAUGAACUUCGAGGAGAGAACAAAGAAUGGUGUGGUGAAGGGACAGCCCUCUCCCUCAGGUGCAGCCAUGAACAGCAGCGAGAGCCUCCCCCCCUCCUCUUCCGUCAACGACAUCUCCUCCAUGUCCACCGACCAGACCCUGGCCUCCGAUACCGACAGCAGCCUGGAGACCUCCGCCGGACCGCUGGGGUGCUGCAGGUGACUAACCGCCUGCCUGCGCAACCCCAUGUUCUUCAGAAGGUGAACGGCACCCGCGAACCCGAACGAGAAAUCCACAAACCUCGAAAAUAUGUAAUUACGACAUAAAAAAAAAAUAACCCCGAGAAAAUAUAUACGCAUAAAAUAAUGUAUCACGCGUAAAUGACGACAAAGUAUGCAUUUUCAUUCAAAGAAACGUCUGAAUAUGUAUAUUUAUGAAUCUUCACUAGUUGCUUUGCUUUGAAUCCCCCUCAUAUGGCAUCCAAAAAAAAUAAGAAGAUUUCGAAAAAGAAGAAAAAAAUCGGGAAUCUAUGUAAAGUGUACAUUGACUGGCUGAUAUCUAAUACCUUGCGAUUUUCUGUGCUUCACUCGAUGUGGCAGGGUGGGCUUUUGUUUUAACGAGCACCGAUCAACCCUUGUUUUCUGUGAUGGUUUUUUUGCUUGUUCCGGAUGUUUUCGGACGGGCCGGUGUGUCUGUAUGCGACAAAAUAAUAUGUACAAUGGCACCCCCUAUCUUUUGUAUAUAUGUAAUUGUGUACAGUUGUGAGGCGUUCUCAGAGUGGGACUGACGGCCAGUAGAGGGAGUAUUUGCACACCUUGCCACAUCACAGCUAAUCACCCGUUUCCCUUUGCCUGUAGUCUUGCAUGGUCAGAGAUACAAGUAACUAAGCUACUUAUACAUAUACAAAUAUAGAGAACCGUGUUUAUAUAGCAUUUAAGGGUGAACGUGGGCGUUUCUGUCGCUCGACAGGAAGUGAGGCUGCUUUACAGGAAGCCAUUGAGGGGUACAAGCACUGUCGCUGUCAUUUUCUGCCUUUGUGUUUGUGAAACUCCGACUCUCUGCGGCAGCCUUGCAUGCUGUUCCGUCACCCUUGAAAGGUGUGUGUAACUAAAACGAAUGCAGGUCGAGAGCAUGCACUUCAUCCUCACCUUUUGUUCCUCGCAAACUAAAUCUCAUCUCGAAUCUCAUAUUUUUGUGUUGUCCGAAGGGAAUCGACGUGCUUACUACCUAAAUUUCAGCUGGAGUUUAUUUAUUUAUUGUCAGAUCUGGGAAGUGCCUUUGAAAUAAUGCAGUUUCCUCCUCGAACACAUGAAUAUAGUAACGCGACGGCUCUGAUAAGAGGUUUUUCAGGUGGUGUCGGAUGUGUCAGGUCUGUUUACCCAAUCCCACAAUCCCCUAUUCAUGUAGAUUAGAUCCAAGUGUCUGAUUUAAAGUCAUUGUGUGUUAAAAAGAGGCACCUGGAUACAUAUUUCUACACUGAUCUGUUAUAAGCCCCAGAACGACAGGGGCUCUAAACAGUAUUUGGACACUUGCGUCACACUUAAAAACAUAAUUGAAUUAUAAAAAUACAAGUCAGUUCUUCUCCAGUUCAAACUGGUGCAGUUCAUCACAUUAAACUAGCCACCAUUACUGUAACCACCAUACUGUAAAACAUACUAGGUUUUUAAAUGUGUCCAAAUAUGUUUUGGGGCCACUGUUUGUUGCAAUGUAACCCCACUCUUCACAUUUAAUUGUUACAUUUAAAAAAAAAAAAAAAGACAAGUAAUGUAGUCUUUCAAACACACUUGGCUGAUGUUUUUAGUAUUAGGUAAAGAUUAGCUUCAUUGAAUAAACAUUAUGCAGUACACAGUAAAUUGAACAUAUAAUAUUUAAGUUGUACGGUUUUGUUUUGUACCUGUAUUUGUCCAAUUUGAUCCGUGUACUAAACAUUUUAAUAAAGGGAUGAAAUUCA